AUGUCGGCUAAGGCACACGCAUUCCAGCGCGCCUGUCGUGCUGGCCUGAGUUCGUCGCAGCCAGCCUCCCCUAUUCACAUCCAGACCCGCACCGCCACCAAUAGCGGCGCCUCAUCGAGCUCGUCCUACCCUUCAUCCGCCGCGCCUCGACGUCGAGCAAUCACAGUCACAAGCGAUGAUGGUCGUUAUCACUGGUCAGAGCUCUCAACGGGCGAGAAGGCUGCGCGCGGAACACAGCAGACCUUCAAUGCGGCGCUCGUCCUCGCAGGUUUAGGAGGCACUUGUCUGGUCUCAUAUUUUCUCUACCAAGAACUAUUUGCGCCGGACAGCAAGACGGUUCAGUUUAACCAUGCAGUUGAUCGAAUCAAAGCUUCUCAAGAAUGCAGAGACCUGCUCGGACCAAGCCGAAAGAUGCGAGCAUAUGGCGAACCGACCACGAGCAAAUGGGCAAGAGCCAGACCACUGGCUUAUACUACCGAGAUCGAUCGGAUGGGCACAACUCACUUCAGAAUGCACUUCAACAUGGAAGGAGAGAAAGAUUCCGGAGUUGUUGCCGUGCACAUGACGAAGCCACAAAACGAGAGCAGGUUGGAUUACAGGCUAUUGAGCUUGACUGUUUCUGGCCACCCGACGGUCUAUCUUGAGAACAAGGACAACCAGGGCGUCAAGUCGAAAGUGGGAAAGCUCAUGGGCGUGCAGUGGAGAUGA